AUGAUUCAUUCAAAAAAUCUAUUUAAAUUAGCAAAAUCAUCUUUAACUUUUAGAUUAUCCCAACAAACACAACAACCACAAUUAUCAAUUUUAAAAUUUAAUAGAGGAUAUUGUUCAAUUACAAAUGGUAAAGAUAAAGAUGAUAUUGAAAAUGAUGAUUCAAAUCCUUUAAAAUUAGAUCAUAUUUAUAAGAAAAUUGAAAAAGAUUUAGAAAAAGAAACUGUAGCAACAAAGGCUUCAGAAGGUACAAAUGAAAUAGAUAUAACAACAGAAAAACCUAAAAGAGGUAGACCAAAGGGUUCAAAAAAUAAACAAAAACCAUCGCAAUCAAAAGAAACAACAUCACCACUCGAAUCAAAACCAAUUGAAACAGAAACAGCAACAACUAAAACAACAACAACACCACCACUCGAAUCAAAACCAAUUGAAACUGAAACAGCGACAACUAAAACAACAACAACAUCACCAUUAUUAUCAAAAGUUACAAAUAAAUUUGAUUUUUCAGAUUUAAGUGAUAUUAAAAAUGGUUUGGUUAUAAUACCAAUGCAAAGUAAAGGUAAAUAUAAUCUCUCUAUUCUUGAAGAAAAUUUAGAAAAGAUUUUUAAAGAGGAUCCAAUUUUAUUUAACAAACUUUUGAAAUUAUCAGAUACAAAAAACGGAGGUAGCAUGGAUAAAGCGAUUAAUCAUUUGGUAUCACAUUUUAAUAAACUUAAUAAAGAUCACGCCAAACAACAACAGCAGCAUCAACAACAUGUAGCACCAAAGUAUAAUUUCACAGAGGAUAUGAUUGGAGAAGAUAAUUUAUUACCAAGAGAUAUAGUUAGUGGUUUGGAUGAAUAUGUAAUUGGUCAAUCCGAUGCAAAGAGAGCCAUUUCAAUUGCGUUACGUAAUCGUUGGAGAAGAAAGCGUUUAGAUGCAUCAAUGAAACCAGAUGUUUAUCCAAAGAAUAUCUUAAUGAUUGGUCCAACUGGUGUUGGUAAGACAGAGUUGGCACGUCGUUUAGCAAAGAUUAUCAAUGCGCCCUUUGUAAAGGUUGAAGCAACCAAAUAUACAGAGGUUGGUUUUCAUGGUCCAGACGUUGAUACAAUCAUUCGUGAUCUCAUCGAAGCAAGUAUUAGUAAUAUUAAAACCAAGAUUGCAAACUCACAUAAAGCAUCGAUUGAAGCCGAUGUUGAAAAGAAUGUUAUCUCCUCUUUAAUUGGUUUACAAAAUGAUCUAAGUGCAAUCACAAUCGAAGAAUUAUUAAAGAAAUAUAGAGAAGGUCAAUUGGAUUCCGUAGAGAUUGAAAUUGAAGUAUCAUCCGAUUCAAAGGGAUCCUUGGGUCAAGCUUAUGAUGAAAAUAUCGCUAAACUACUCUCUGCUAUCGAUAAACAACCAUCAAAAAUUAAAAAAGUAACCAUUGCAGAGGCAAAAGAAAUCUUUGAAAAACAAUAUAGAGACCUCUACACUGUCUCUCAAGAUGUAACCAAAUUGGCAAUUCAAUCGGCCGAACAAAAUGGUAUUGUAUUUUUGGAUGAAAUCGAUAAGAUUUGUACAUCUCGUGAAAGUAUAAAGAAUGGUGGUGACGCUUCAACCGAUGGCGUUCAAAGAGAUCUUCUUCCAAUCGUUGAAGGUUGUAUGGUUAGCACAAAGUAUGGUCAAAUAGAUACCAGUAGAAUCUUAUUCAUUGCUUCAGGUGCUUUCCAUAAUACUAAACCAUCAGAUCUCAUUAGUGAAUUACAAGGUCGUUUACCAAUUCGUGUUGAACUUAAACCAUUGGAACAAAAGGAUUUCUAUAAGAUCUUAACUGAACCAAAGAAUAAUCAAAUUCAACAACAAAAAGCAUUACUUAAAACUGAAGAUAUUCAAUUGGAAUUCACUGAUGAUGCAUUGUUAGAAGUUGCAAAAAUCGCUUUUGAAGCAAAUGCUCAAGUUCAAAAUCUUGGCGCUAGAAGAUUACAUGGUAUCAUUGAACGUAUCGUAGAGGAUAUAAGUUUUAAUUGUGAUAUUCAUAAAGGUAAAACAGUUGUUUUAGAUACUCCCGACAUUAGAAAACAUUUAAGUGAAUUAUUAUUCAAAACUGAUUUAUCAAAAUAUAUUAUCUAA